AUGAAGACGCCGAAGACGCAAGACGAGCGCCGCAGGCGCUCGCAAUGUUGCCUAAAUGGGUACGUCUUCCAUCAACAUAGUCGUCGAUGCUUUAAGGCCUUCAACAACAGGACAACCUACAACGGUGCAGUCAGUAGGUGUUCUUUAGACAGGGGAACCCUUGCCAUACCCCGAGACAGCCCUACCAACGAGUUCCUCAUCGGUCUGAAAAAUGGCGUCGACAAUAACGCUCCCUUCCGUUUUGGACUGACUGAUGUCCUCCAGGAGGGAGUUUGGAUUUGGGACGAUAACGUUCCUCUCGGCGACUUCAGGGCUUGGGGUCCAGGCGAACCCAACAACGCAGGUGACGAAGAUUGUGCCGAGUACUUUACCGAAAGCGAUUCCCACAGUAACACAUGGAACGAUGGAACAUGUACCGAGGCUGACAGGAAGUUCAUCUGUCAACUCUCUCAAUUAGUAAUCCCUACAACGACUGUGGAGAACAGCACCCCACAUGCCCCAACAAGUACGACUGCGGAGAACAUCAUCCCUCAGACCACCACAAGUACGACUGUGGAGUACAGCACUUUAAAUGCCAUCGCAAGUACGACUGUAGAGUACAGCACCCCACAGGCCCCAACAAGUGCGACUGUGGAGAACAGCACCCCAAAGGUCCCCGCCCCCGCAAGUACGACUGUGGAGCGAAGCACGAUCAGCAUACCAUCCUCUGAGUGUCCACCUGGCUACACCGCACACAACGCUUCAUGCUUCAAGGCACACAACCAAGACAAGACCUACAGUCAGGCCAGACAGGUGUGUGCAGCGGACGGGGGACUCCUCGCCAUGCCGAAGGACAGAGAGGUGGACAACUUCUUGAUGGAACUCAAGAACGCCGUGGAUCCCAACUCUCCUUUCUGGUUCGGCCUGAACAAUCAGAACGGAGAGGAAGGGUGGGCGUGGGAAGAUGGGACUCCAUACAGCCCAACCGCAGACUGGACUGGAUGGCAGCCGGGUGAACCUGACAACAACGGAGGAGAACAAUGUGUAAACCACUUCGGGACCGGAUGGAACGACGCGCCGUGCUCGUCUGCUCACAAGUUCAUCUGCCAGCUGAAUGAGGCGGUCCAAUGCCCCCUCGGGUACUUCCGGUGCGAACACGGACAUGCCUGCACCCUGACCUGGAGGCGGUGUGACGGGAGGACGGACUGUCCGGACGGGAGUGACGAGGACGGUUGUGAGUGCCUGCCGAUUCCUGGGGAUUUCAACCUCGGCAUCAGGCUGGCGAUGCUGCCCAAUCAGCUGGGUCAGACGACGUUUCAGGAGAUACGAAAUUCCCCUGCCAUGGACCUGCUCAGUUCGGUCAACGACACAAAGAGCCGACAUCCUGAGUUCCAAGAGUUUGCGUCUACAGUCAUCUUUCCGCGUUGUUUUGUCUGCGAAGAGAAAAUCACUAACUUCUCUUCGUCUCUACAUGCAAACAACUCCACCCCGUGCGCAAACACAACACUGCUACCGUGCCGAUCGUGGUGUGAGGAAGUCCUGAACAUGGCUGAUGCAGAAAUAAAGAGCCGGUUCCCUACAUGUGACUUGUUUCCGCCACCACAACACCGCUGUUGGAACCCUGAACCAGAAAAGAGGAACAACGAAGUUUGCUUCCACGGUAACGGCAUGAACUACCGUGGUGCAUGGAGUACCACCAAAUCCGGGGAAGGGUGUGUGAACUGGUCCGCUGCGCAGGCUGACUUCUACAGGAUCGAGUACCCCUGGGCCGACAUAAACAACAACUACUGCCGUAACCCUGCCGGUCUGGAGCGGCCAUUUUGUCUGCUGGAAGAUGGCAGCCAGCAGGAAUGUGACGUCAUUCCGUGCAAUGCAGACGGCUGCUGGGACAUGGGACCUCCAAACUACGGCAGCAGAAGCCCUGUGAAGAGGUUCUACUACGUGGGAGAAAGAGUCGCCUUCACCUGCAACGAGGGGUAUUCCCUCAAGUUCGGGUAUACCAGCGAAGUGAGAUGCAAUGAAGGAGGCAUCUGGCAAUAUGACAAGCCCAGUUGUACAGUGAAUAUCAAGGGUAGGCUGGAAGAGGACGUACUCGUUGUGUACAGUCCAAACCUGGCACCCGAGACGGAGAACCAUACCCAGCCCGUAAUCAGCUUUAACGGAUCUAUAGAACUGAUCGUGGACUUGGAGGAAAAGAAGGAGCUGCUGGUUGCCUCUUUAGUCAUCGACUUCACAUGGCAGGACAGCCGGCUGAGCUGGGAUCCAAAGUACUACCACAACAUUUCGAGUUUUAGCGUCCCGGGCAGCAGCAUCUGGACCCCUACACUUACUCUGAAGAGGAACGCUGAUCCUUUGUACCAAGGCCUACGAAAGGACGUACCGGUCCGGGUUAGCAGCAAUGGCCAGAUAACCUGGAGGGUAGAAACCCUGACCACCACCGUGUGUGAUGCAGACCCCUUCUACUUCCCUGCCGACACCAUGGAAUGCGCCAUCUGUUUUUCUGCAUCCUCUGCAACUGAGCAAACCAUCGAAUGCCGAGAGGGAAGUCUCUGUAACGUCCUGUCUACUGCACGUCAGGAGGGCGAAUGGUAUCGGAAGGACAGGUUCUUCUCAAAAGGUAACACGGAGGCGUGCUUCACUGUUCAGCUGGAGAGGAUCCCGCUGUUCCACAUCGCCACUACUGUUGGACCCUGCGUCAUCCUGGUGGUUCUGAUGACCAUCACCUUCGUCAUGCCCAUCGACAGGGGAGACCGGAUCUCCUUCGGAGUGACCAUUCUCCUUUCUAUGGUCGUGACUCUCGUGUUUGUCACGGAUGUUCUGCCUGUCAAGGGGGCGCUGCCGUUUUUCGCCACGCUGAUUGUCGUGUGGAUGGCGCUGAUGGGAGUUUUCCUCUUCAUCACCAUGAUCGUCAUCACCAUCCACGACAGGGAGGGGAGUCUGUCUCCUAGGGCGAAGACGUUCUUUCUCUGCUACAUGGCGAAGUUCCUCCUGCUCGGAGACCUGACAGUGAAGGAGGCUGCAGGUGAAGAUGAUGAGACUGGCCCGAACGGCUUUCUGACCGAUGACAUGGCAGAGGUGGACGUAGAAAGCCCGGCUAAUCUCCGUGAGACAACCCGCCAGCCUCCCGUGUCGCCCGCGCCGCCCGCGAGCCUGGAAGUCGCCGGCUUCCGUGACCUGAUCCGCGGCGUGGAGGAGCUGACCAGGGCGGCGAAGAGCGAGCCCGAGGUGUCUGACUACACCCUGCUGACCAAGGUCCUGGACAGGCUGUGCCUUUUCAUAUACGUCAUCGCCAUUGCUGUGGCAGUGCCCAUGACCAUGUACCUGGGCAAGUAA